AUGCGCUCUUGCGAGAUAGCUGCUGGGUGCACUCCAUCUCGGACCGCAAUACCCCUCGAACCUGGACUGACAUUGCAGUUUUUGGACCUCCCGAACGCACGCUUGGCGCUUCCGUUCCGCGAUGCCGGGGAGCCAGAUAAAAACCCCGUGUUGCGGACGCAGUCGGCCGUGGUGCUUUUCGAGAACGUCCGGCUCAAGCUCGAGUUCUACCAUGCGUUGAGACUCGUGAACCCCAACACAUUCCAAGGCGAACGGGCCCGCGUGCUAAUCAUUGAAUGUGGGCAGGGCGCCCUUCAGCAAGGCGCGCCCGGGCUCCCGGGCGCUCUCCUUGUCAAUUGCCAGACGCCAGAGGCGCUUCUUCUGGUGCUCAGGAACAUCCCCACGACCAACGACCCGCGCAUCGGGGCGUGUGUCCUCAACACUGUAAUCAUUGAAAACCUAUCUGCCUUCUACUGGGCCAAACGCUCCGUGACCAAGGCCCUGGCGUCCAAAUGGUACAUGGACCUUAAUGCCCGCGCACGCGUGCUCAUGGAGACGUAUCAGUGCAAUGUUUUGGUGACGAUGUGGGACAAGAACUACGAGAGGGGAUUCAAUGCCCGGCCCGCGCAAGAACCGGCGCCGCUGCGGCUCGUCGACUUGACAUACACGCCGGCAGAGUUCUUCGAGAUGCCGGCCUAUGUGUUCGCCUCGCGGGCGCCGGGCAGUCUACAGUAUAUCGGCACGCAGUGGAGAGCCACAUAA